AUGGACGAUUUCAAUCAAUGGAAGGACACGGCAAUCAAAGGUUUUAAGAGCAGUUUUCAAAGUGCAAAUUCGUUAGUUCGUUCUAAGUAUGAAGAAUUAAAACCACAAAUCGACCAACUAGCUUAUGAAAAAGAAAAAGUGCUCGAUGACUUCAAGGAAUUGAAAGUCACUCCUAUCACAACUACCAUAUCUCUUGCAGCAUUAAUUGCGUUCCUCUUUUUAGGCAAAUUCGUUUUUUCCUCGUCAAAUAAAAGCUCAAAGGUUUCAAAGAGCCAGAAAAAGAAGCUGAAAAAGGUACCGAAGUUGAAGAAAGCCAAUUUGGAGAUUGGGCAAAUCUUAAAUUAUGUUGAAGCAGAAUAUGUUCCCCAGAUUCAAGAUUACUUUGAAAAUGCUCUUAAAUUGAAGCCCGAGGAGAGCGAGUACAAAUUUAACUAUUUGCAAGAAAUGCUACUUAAAGAAUUGAUGAAACUUGACGGUAUCGAAGUCUACAGUAAUGACGUUUUGAGAGAGAAUAGAAAAAAAGUAAUUAAAUUUAUCCAAGACUACCAGAGGGCUUUAGAUAAAUUCAAAAAGGAAAAUGACUUUUGA